AUGACCACGCAACAGAACCAGGACCUUGACCAGGACCCUGAUCAGGACCAGUACCAGCACCAAUACCAGCACCAGUACCCAUACCGGCAGCGCGAGGAGAAAGUAGCCAUGCUUGCCGGUUUCAUCGACACCAAGGCUCCCGCCUUUCACGCCGCCUUUGCCAACCCGUCUGCUCUGAACACGGCGACGAUGCGGUACGAACCGCCAGAGAUCAGCGACCUGAGGGCCACGCUCGAGCAGCAUCACCGCGUAGCGGCCAAGUAUAUCGACUUCACCCCGGACCUGAACCAGUGCACAUGGGACGACGUGCACGAGGAGCUACGCAAGGCCCAAUCCAGGGCCCUCGAGAAUGAGAAGAAGAGGAACCCCCUGAGGAAGGCCUGGCGCGCCCUCGGAUCCACGUCGAGCAUCCUCGCCCCGGGCCUCGACGCGCUGCCGGAUGAGCUGUGUGUGUUGCACGGCGCGCUGGCCUUGAUAUUCAGCCUAGCGCGGCACAGCGAGAUGAAUAGGCUCAAGAUCCUGGCGGCCUUUGAGUCGGUGCCUAACAUCAUCGAGAUGGCGCGCAACAAGGCCGAGACCUUCAAGCUUGACAGCAGCAACCCGAAGAGCAUCCAGCUGCACAAGUGCGUCCAGGAGCUGCAGCUAAUGUUGAUCCGGACGCUGCCGGCUUUGAUCAACAGACUAGUUCCGGGAACUUUCCUCAAUGCGUGGAAGAGCCCAUUUGGGACCUGGAAGAUCGACAAGUUGCUCGACACCGUGUCGGGGUGCGCGGCGGCGGUGCGCACCUGCGCCGAGGGCCUCAUCGAGGAGCUAAUCGUCGGCAACUACUCGGCCUCAAAGACUAUCCAGUUGCAGUUGGACGAGGUACUGCGCCAGCAGCGAACCAUGCAGAUGUCCAUCGACGCCGCGCACGGCAAGACGCAGCUGCUGCACUUUCUGAUGGAGCAGCUGAGCUUCCUUCCCGACAACAACCGCAACCUGGCGUCGGACGAUCGCAUGUCCGACCUGGGCACGGCGCUGCCAGGGUACACAGCCGAGGAACUGCUGAAGCUGAUGGACGUCAACCACAUGCGGACGAGCAAUGACGCCAUUAAGGUGAUGCGGCGCGGCGCAUCGCUGAACCAGGCCGACAUCGAGCGCGCGGCGCACAUGGCCGUCGCGGCUCAGGUGCGCGAGCUGCUCAGCACCAGCAACGGCUGCGCCCCGAGCAUCGUCGCUGUCGACGGCCACUUUGACCGCUCGCAGAUGGGCAAGGUCAGCCCGCUAUCCUACGUGUGCGCCAUGCUCGCCCAGGCCCUACGGCAGAAGCAGCAACAACAACAGCAACAACAGCCAAAUGCCACCGCCGCCGCCACAUCAUCAUCGCCGUCGCCCAGUAUGCCGCGGUCGCCCGACAAGCCCGCGCCCCCCUCCCCCGCCGUCGUCCUCGAGUACUACUGCGCGCUGCACGCGACGGAUGGCGGCGACGAUGACGAACUGCGCGGACCACAGGGUCUGCUGCGGUGCCUGACGACGCAGCUGCUGCUAGCGCUCGUCGACAACGGGUGGAUCGGCGCGCAGGACGCCGUCGACCUGCCGCACCUGUGCGGCAGUGACGAGGGCGACGAGCAAGAACAGGAACUGCAGCUGGUGCGGCGCGACGUCACCGCCAUCGGCCGCCUGUUCGCCGCGCUGAUCCGCCUCGUGCCCCGCACCGUGCCCAUCUACUGCCUCGUCGACGGCUGGUCGGCGUUUGAACGCGACCCGCCGCCGCCGCUUCGUCCUUCUGGCGAGGGCGGCAUGGAUGGUAGUGGCGAUGAUGAUGACGGGUCCGACAAGGGUGACAGGCUGUGGCGCGCGGGCGACUACGCGGCGACGCUGGACGCGUUCCGCGACGCCGCAGAUCCGGGCGCCCCCGGCGGCGAUGAAGACGAAGACGACGACUACCACUACCGCGCCGCCACCAACUUCCGCUUGCUUCUCACCAGCCCCACGGCCAGCCGCUGGCUGGGAAAUUUUAUCCUCCCUGGCCAGAGGGUGUCGCUGCGCAACGUCCGCGAAGCCGGCGGUGGCUGGCAGGGCGCUGCUGCCGCCCGGAAGCGCCGCGCCAUGGGCCUGGGGAGGGCUGCUACGUUGCCAGAUGUGCACCGAGGUGGUGGGCUUCAGCUUCCGGUGUCGCCGGCGUAUGACGAACAGGGACAGGUCUGGUCCGGUGACGGCCAUGAUCGGAGGUCGUCGACAUAG